UUAACGAUCCCGUGAUGUCAGGGGAGUGCUAGCAUAGCACCGGAAUGACUACAGGGGCUGGCUCGAUUCCUCAGGCUUAAAACUUUUCUUUCGGUUAUUGUCAGUUCACCGUUAAGCUCCGGUGUCGUCCCCUGACAUGGGGUCAGCGGGGUCGACGGGCUGUCAUGUGGUGUAUCCUUCAGCGUCAACGGGGAUGAAGCCUCUCGUACAACCUAACGGGAUGCUGUUCGGUUAGCCUCACCGGAGUCCGAGGUCGGGAUUUAUUGUGGUCACAGCUGCAGCUAGCAGGCAGAUAGUUUCGGCUGGAAACGAGUGGCGUAAUGGCGCGGUCGGAGUUGGAGCCACUGUCAGAUUUUGGGGACUUUACGCGUGGCAAAGAGCUGACUGAAAUCUUAAAACUGACCUGUAACCUGUCAAACGUCCGCCUGAGCCCAGAUGGACGUCACAUCCAUGUCAUCCUCCGCAAGCCUAAAGUCGGUCUUGUGACUUUUGACAAGUAUGAAAGACUCCAGCUGGCCCAGAACCAGAAGAAACUGGAUUUACGCUCAACACGAACUGUACCCAUUGUGGAUGUUGUGUAUUUGGACUAUAAUAAGAUCAGCAGCAGCAGCAGGGAGACUGCGACUGUGGCUGUGAUUUAUGAGGACGGGAAAGCUGAGUUUUGGAGAUUCCAGGAGUGCAAAGCAGGCUGGCACCUCCUGCAAACAUCAGACUUGUGCAACAGCCCCCGAGCAAGAGUGGUGUCCGUGUGUGCCUGUCCUAAUCUAAUCAUCUGGUGUGAGGAGAGGCCGCCCUCAGAGAGCUCCCCGGCCCUCAGCUCCACCAGGAAUAAACUGAGAUACUGUGUUUGCAGACGUGACUUCGAGGUGGAGGAGGCGGGGGCUGUCAGCCUGGGUGGGGUGAAAAUCGCCCUCCACAACAAUCCCAAAUUCAGCGUGGUGAGCUCGGGCGACUGCGUGCAUCUCCUCCCCGACCUGAAGGUGAAGCCUCUGCUGAGCAUCUCCAAAUUUUUCCUCUCCUGGUCCCCGCGCCACGACUCCUUCACAGUGAGCGCCACGUGCCAAAACACGCCCCUCAAAAAGCUGUCAGCAAAAGAGUCUGACUUUAAGAGAUUAGUGCCGGACUAUUUGGGAUACCUAUCGACUCUUGACCCCCCUGAGAUCUUUGACUUUUCACCUACGGGCUGUGGAGGCCUGCUGCUGCUGCUCAGCACGGGCUGGGUGUGUUUUCUGCAGAAAGACGGGGUGCUGAGGCAGGUUUUUAAACUGGAAGACAACUGUUUGGUCAAAUUUGGCACUCACACCAGCCUCUGCAUGUACCAGGACACGCUGGCUCUGCUUAUAGGGCAAAACCUGCGUCUGAUAGAUGUGAACUGUGGCAGGGAGCUGGACAAGCUCACGCUAAAGAGAGAGGGGAUAUUAUUUGUAAACCGAGCUGAAAAAUGGUCACCUCACCUUCUUACAGAAACUGGACUAUUUAUGUUAUUAAACAAGGAGACUGACUCUAACAAGGUGAAGCCUUGUGGUUUCAGUACGACGGAGAGUAUUGAUCCUGGAGCCCUCCUCGUCGAGUCUGUCUUCGAGGAAGCGUGUAAAUACUACCAGCAGAGGAGCCUGAGCAGCACCCAGCUCACUGUGGACAAGCUGAAGAAAGGGGGGAGGUUUCAGGCUCCCAUCUCUUUAGCCUCCAUCCUCAGGAGCUACCUCCUGAGGCAGAAAGGAGCAGAGGCACCCCAGGAAGGAGAAGACGGACGCACUGCGGGGCAAGAUAAGCUCACGGUUUCUCUGGAGGCUGAGCUCAAGUGUCUGGUCACUCUGGAGGAGGUUAAGGGCAGCUUAGUGAGGGGGAGUGCGAAAGAGGUGGAGGCCGUGUGUGAGACGCUGGUCGAGAAAGAAGUAGCGAGGCUGCUGUCGUCCUCGGAGCUGGAGCAAGAGGCUCUGCUUUACCUGAACUCUAUCUUCAGUACCUUCCCCAGCCAGGCGUGGAGGGCGGCACAGGCUGCCCUUCAGCUGCACUACAACGGGGAGUGUUCUCUGUCCAGCCGGGCCUCUGCAGAUGUGUGGAAAACUGUCCUCAGUCCCGCCGUGACGCCCAGUACCGCAACCCCGGUGGCACUCACAAACGGCAGGCCGAAACACAAUCACAGCCUCAAAGGUGAUCAUAUUGCCAAUUGUAAAGCCAAACCUACAAGCUCCACCCCCUUGGCUAACCUGCCUGUGUUCGAGCUCCUCUGCCACUCGGUUUUCCACUUUCAGCCGAGCUGGCUGCCCACUUUCCUGGAGCUUGCCCAGCAGCAGCAGGGCUCUACGGGUCUGGGCCUGAGCCUGGCCUCUUCCUCCUGGGGCUUCUCCAGUGCGAGAGGAGGGGAGGGCGGGGAGAACAACGUCCCACUCUACAAACGGGCCCUGUGCGUCUUGUCCAGCCUGAGCAUUGAGCGAGCCCAGCAGCAGGACCUGGAGGUGGAGCUGCUGCUGGUCAGCGGGCGGCCCAACGCCAUCCUCCAGGCUCUGAGGAUCCUCAUGGCCACGCAGCAGUGGGAGAAGGUUACACAGGUCGCCCAGAAGUUCUGCAAGCAGAGUCCUCUGCUCAACAAGGAGAUUUUCACCACUCUGCUGUGCGAGGUGGCCCACCAUCGAGACCUAGACCCCUACCUGGACUUACUGUGGGUGCUGUGUCCCGAGGACCUCACUGUCACAACCAUUCUCAACCUGGUGCUUAAAAACCUCCCCUCCCCGAACAGCCCCCCUUCAUCUUCCCCCUCGUCCUUCUCCAUGUCCAUCACGUCCCCCUCGCCCCCUGCUCCCUUUGCGGACCCCCAGAACAGCCAGUUAACCAUCGGGCUGCUGAAACCUCUGCUGAGAAAAGUCCUUCAGAGGGAGACCAAGCCGAGCCAGCGCUACGCCGACAUCCUCCAGUCGCCGUCGUUCCCCCCGCCCGCACCUCCCCGCCAGCCGGUAGAGCAACUUAACCCCGCCACAGAUCCCUGCAGAAACUCGGCCGUGGAGGGCGAGAUCGCAGCAGAUUUUCUUGCAGAAACACCCGAGGGGCAGUCGCCCGCACGCACGGCUCUCGCGAGAACCAGGGUGGCACUUCCUGCUAACACAGUGUGAUUAAAAAGAUGAACAUAAAGACGAUCAAAAUGGAGAACAAAAACCUGCCACACAAUCUGACUGUGAAACAAACUGUGACCAACAUGUGUCGACAAUCAAAUUAAAGAUACAAUGUCAGUAUGUUACAGAUCAGUGGGAUGCAGUUAAUUGUGAUGUUUGAGAGUGUGUGUGUUUUUUUUUAAAAUAAGAAUGGUAUUAUCAGAUGAAGUAUGACUACUAGAAACUAUGAAAUGACUACUGAAGAUCUUACCGGUGUAAAUACUGCAGGUAAUUCUAAGCCUUAAUGUGUAUAUACUGUAUCUGUGAUGUUAUUUAUCUCCUUAGCCUUAACUGCACGUGGAUUGCGAAUGUUGUUGCAUAGACUUGCAUUGAAUAAGCUUAGCCUUUACCCGAAUACCAUCAAUAUAAAUGAUAAUAUAUUGUUUCUAACACAGUGUGGUGUCUUCUCAUCUCUGACAAAAAAAACCGAGCCACUAAUUCCCUUUUUUUUUUUUAGGGGUGUAUCAUAUCUAUGUGUAGAUCUUUUUUUUAGUUUGGAGUUUUAAAUAGAAAAUGCCUCUUAUCUAUAGCCGAGUUAAUCUAGCUUCCUGAGUGGGUAAUCUUCAGUGUUAUCCAGACGAGCUGGCCUUUGCGUUUGAAUGUUUGUUUUUUAAGUGUUGUUUGGGUUGAAGAGGAGGAAGAGGGGUCCAAGGUCCCCUCACUGAUACUAGUAUUAGUAACAUAUGACAGGUUUCUUAAACAUUAACCUGUCCAGACCGUGCAACAUCUGUAAACCAAACUCCCAAAACACACUCUAUAUUCCUGGCGUCUUCCAAUUUUUUAAAAUUCUGGUCCUACAUUUUUCUCUCUCUUGACUCCAUCUUGUCCUAUCUGCCUCCCUCGCAGCUUGACUCACAAGACAUUUCUCACAAAACACCCCAGAAAGAGUGACUCACAGUUUGACUUUAAUUCAAUUUGGGAGGUAAUUGUGUUAAGAUUGAAGCGAGGGCUGGGCACGACGUGACUACCGAAAGGCGCGUUGCUGCUUGCAUAAAGUCGUGUUGGUCCUCCUUCAUGUACUCAGCGAGGGUAAUGUCAUUAGAGAUGUGAAGCCCUCUGUGUUAGGUUUGCUCUGAAAACAGAUUGCACUUUCGUAUCUUGUGCCUGUGUUCAUUCUGUUAGUGUAGCUUGUUUAAGUCAGAGAGAGAGUUUUUUCUGUAAAUGCGGGGCCCUCACAAACAUUUUGAUUUGAUUUUAACAAGCUCUAAAUACUACUAACUCUCUGCUCAGUAUGGGCGAGGCACUGAAACUCUAGUAAAACGUCUUUAAGUGUCGAGUGACAAUCGGACUCCAAAAUGCUGCCGAACAAUCAGAGUGCCUUUCACAGUGCUGCUCUUCAUUUACAGAGCAGUGUCACAUUCCUGCUGGGACUCCUCAGCUUCACUAAUAUUCUGAAGAAAGAACUGGACGUCUCUGACUUUUAGAGAACAGUGUUUUUAACCGUGUUUGCUUGUUUUUAUUGGUCAUUGUUGGUCAAAAAAAGCACUCGGACUCUGCAGUCUGUUUUUUAUGACUUUUUAAUUACGACUUGAAACCGACUCAUGUCUUACUAUAAUCGAGAGUAUGAACAGGAACAUUUCUGUUCUUACUGUGUACCGCUCAUGUUCCAGAGUCACUGGGAACUCCCUGACUUCCCCAGACGUGCUGCUCAGCCUGUUAUGACGGUUGCGAUGUCAAACAUUAAUUUGCCCUCUCUCGGUUUGUGUUCACUCAUAGAAAUACCUGCUGGAUUUGCUCUGCAGUGUUUGCAUUGUUACUUGCUCUCUUUUAGGAAGUAUUUGAAAAAUAGAGGAUGUAUACGUGAUGUAUUUAUGAAUGGAUGCUGUAUUGCUAUUAAACUGAAGAUACAAAUUC